AACAACACAACUUUCCUUUUCUUCUUUUUCUUUUCCUUUCAAACCUCAUAUAUCAUAUAUACAACUAACUCUUACUAGUAUCUCUUCUUUCUUAAUUUCUCUCUCAGUUCUCUCUUUCCUUUGGAGGAGGGAAAUUGGUUUUCCUCCCACGAAGGAAAUUAAUAACUAAUAAUCAGUAGUACUACGUACUAUAGUUCUGGCCUGGUUAAGGAGUAUAGUAGUUAGAAUAGGUGGAAGGAAUUAUCAGCAGAAAAGAAGAAGGAAAAGUAGAAGGAAAGUGAAGAAGGUGAGAGAUAGUUUAAUGGAUUUCUGGAACAAGAUGGUUUUCCCUGUUCGUCGAGUUUUUCUUGCUAUUACUUCUCGUCUUAAGCCUCAAAAAUCAGGUGUUGGGCUAUUGAAGCUGCAUGAUGAUGUACAAAUGUGUGGUUAUGAAGAUGUUCAAGUAAUGUGGGAAAUACUACAAAGAACAGAAUCAGAAAUGUUAGGAAGUAAUAACAAUAAUCUUAAUGAUCAUCAACCCAAGCGCAAGCACAGAUUGUUUCCCAGAGUUUUUGUAUGGUCUAACCAAACUACAAACCACCAAUAAUCAACUACUUUCUCAUCACCCAAUCCAUAAUAUAUAUAUAUAUAUAUGAUAUGAGUACAGUAAUUAUAUAUCGCUAUAAUCACAUACCAAUCAGAAUAUAUAUAUAUAUAACUAUUUUGAUGCUAAUAAUGUUCAUUGACAGAAAUAAUAAUAUCAAAGUAGCAUCAAAUAUAGUUCAGUACUUGUUCAAUAAAAGCCUCCUAAAUAUAUGCAUUCAUGGGUGUGUAUAUCAAAAGUGGUAUGAUCAAUGGAAACAUUUACUGUUACUUUUUCA